UGCCCCGAAGGUUUGUCCUGUGAGUUACAACUGCUGUGACUGUCUUGUGUGUCUUUUGUGUGUCUUGACAUUGUAUUCGCUUAUGUGUUUGUUGCAGCACUAUGGCUAAUAUAAAGACAGAAGAUGAAAUAGUCCUCUUUGAAAGAGAAAUGAAAGAGUUUUGGACCCAGUUAAAAAGCAUUUAUGGCACUGAACAGAUGAAUCAGACUUUAGCACUGAGAGAUUCUUGCAAGGAGUCCAUAAAAGUGCUUUCAGAGAAAUGGUCCAGGAAGCUGAAAGAAGGGGACCUGAUGAUUAAUAAAACUCGGGAGUAUAGCAAUGAGAUUCUCCAGCAGACCCAACGCAUAUCAGAAAAUCAAGAGCAUUUGACAGAAAUAAAAUCUAACUUAAAUCAAGAAGAAGAGCAAGUGAAGGACUUGACUGACAGCAUCCAAGAGCUUAAAGAAGAGUUGAUGAAGAAAAAGGAAAUUAUAUCUUCUAAAAAGAAAGCUGCGAAGGAGAGAGUGGAGCAACUGUGCAAGUCUAAAACAGUGUUUGAACAGCGGCUUGGACUGGAGAUACGCAGAAUUCACAACGAACAAUUACAGUUUAUAUUCAGACACAUUGACCACAAAGAUCCUGACAAGCCGUAUGUGUUUACCCUUUCCAUAAACGAGCAGGGAGAUUAUGAAGUGACUUCCUGUACUCCUCCCCUGGACUGUAUAGCAGAGUUCCAGCUCAAAGUGAGAGAAACAAACAAUUUUUCUGCAUUUGUUGCCAACAUCAGAAAAGCUUUCACUGCUUUAUCUUACAAGCAGUCUGCAUAAAAAUAGCUUAUACCUCCCUUCUAGCUGUAGAGUGCUUUUUUCCUUUCCUUCCUGUAUUGUGGAAGUCUGUAUUUUAUCCAUGUGAAAUAAAGAAAAAUAAUGAAAACAGUAUUUUAGUCCAGCUGUCAUCUAGAUAAAUUUUGGGUGAUUCGUUGAACAACAGUAUAAUCAACUGCUUCCUUAAUGGAAUGUCACAUGUAAAUACACAUGUAAAUUUUGAUCCUGUAUCGAGUUGCUUAAUGAGGUGAUGAUCUCUAGCUAUCCCAGGAAGAUGUUCAAAAGAAAGCAUGUUCUGUAAUUAGCGUCUCUUUCCUGAAAGCAUAGGAGUGUCUUUCAGGUUUGUAUGUUGUUGGAAUAGGCCUGAAACCCACCGAAGUAAUGCACUGGA